AUGGCCGCCCCAGCACCAGCACUCAAGGAUUUGCCCAAGGUCGCUGAGAACCUCAAGAGUCAAUUGGAAGGUUUUAAUACGGAGAAACUGAAGAAUGCCAGCACUCAGGAGAAAAUUAUUUUGCCCACAGCUGAGGAUGUGGCAGCUGAAAAAACCCAAAUGUCUAUUAUUGAGGGUAUUACUGCCUUCGAUCAAAACAAUCUAAAGCAUACGGAGACCAAUGAGAAGAACCCAUUGCCCGAUAAGGAAGCAAUUGAACAGGAGAAGGAGAAGAAUCAAUUCAUUGCGGGCAUUGAGAACUUCGAUGCGAAAAAAUUGAAGCAUACCGAAACCAACGAGAAGAAUGUAUUGCCCACCAAGGAGGUCAUCGAAGCUGAGAAGAAGGCCUAAAGCCAAAAUAAGAUAAAAACUUAAAAAAAAAAAAAAACAAAGCAAAAAACAAACCAACUACGUCGUCUUGUCGCAUCUCUCUCAUUCUCCAUAAAUAUAUAUAUAAUAUGUAUA